AUGGGCGAUGAUCAUGUGUUUGCUUGUGAACACUUGAGUGAUGACACUAUUCAAGUACAACGUUUUGUCAAUCUCGAUGGUUAUUCACCUUCAGUUUUAGUUACUACUGCUUCAAAUUAUGGUGGGAUAUUUCAAGUAAGCCGAGUAGCUCAGAACAAUGGCGUCAUCUAUUGUGAAUUUACUCUGUCUAAUUUCACUAAUACUUUGGAUCGACGAAAAAAACGGAGCAUUUCUUUACUUUCACAAAAUACACAAUACCAUAUUCUCACGGCCAUCGGAAACUUAGAUAGUUCAAACUCAUUAAUACAACAUUUCGCAACAGGCGUUCUAACUCAAAUGAUUCAACUUAAUCAACCAGAAACAAUAACGACGAAUAACACUCAAGAAUCCACCAACAAUAAAACAAUUCUUUUGCGUGCUCAUGGUAUUAUUAUGCUACUUCUUUGGAUGUUAUUUGUUCCAACAGGUAUUCUCCUAGCUCGAUAUUUUAGACAAUCUUGGUCCAAGUUAAAACUUUGCGCUACACCUGUAUGGUAUAUUAUGCAUCAAAUAGUUAUGAAUUUUGCUGUAGUAAUGACAUUGAUUUCAUUCGUACUCAUUCUCAUUUAUAAACGAGGUGCAUGGACUUCUCAAAGUCUAUCACGUGAAUUUGCUCAUUCAAUUAUGGGUUUGGUUGUUGUAUCGACUGUUACUCUAGAAUCAAUAAUGACCAUAUUUCGAUGUCGUCCUGAUCAUCCACGACGAUUUAUUUUUAACUAUAUGCAUCGCAUUGUUGGAAUUAGUACACUGAUUCUCUCAAGUGCAACUAUUCUUCUUGCUACUCUCUUAUCUAGAUAUGAUUCUGUAAUGGUGAAACCAUGGCGAAUUCUUGUAGCAUGGUGGUCGAUGGAAUUUGUUAUAUGGAUUGGUAUCGAGUGCCUCGAAAUUUUCUACCACAAGUAUUGGUUACGAUUUAAUACAAUAAAUUUAGUUCAUCCAAUGCAAACAAAUUUUCUUCAUGAUGGUGAUCAGCCUAUGUCCAUCAAUGCUCGAUCGUCGUCACAUGUGGCCUUUCAAUUGUGCUCACUGUCUAUACCGUAA